AUGGCUGAGAUCGAUGUCGCCCUCAUGUCGCCUGCACUCGCUUUAGGAACAGCGCCUGGUAACGAUUGCGGCGAUCGGCUGGCAGGCGACCCGAUGAUGCCCGCUGCAUGUGUCGUGCAUGAGUUCGGAGGCUCGGUUGUACCGCAGACCGUCGCCGCUGCUGCAGUGCGUGCUGCUCCUGAAGACGGCGGUGACGUCUGCAACAGCUGCAACCUGCACGAGUGGGCGCCGUUUCGGGCAGACUGUGAUGGUGUGCGCGUCGACCCGAGUUGGUGGGCUUCGCUCGCGCCAGAGCAUAGAGCUCUCAUGAGCGGUGCCGUGGUGGUCACCGUGAGCGAGGCUCCGAUUGACGUGCCUCACGCGGCCGAGAUUCGCACGCAUGCGGGUUGCGGCGCGCUCUACAAUGCAUAUAACGCCGGCUUUGCCUUUCAUCACUGGCGACACAUGCAGCCAGCAGCGCAUCUGGUCGCUCUCGCGCCUUCCGACCGUGACGUUCUGGAGUCAGUCGCGAUCCGGCACGCCGUGUACAACGGAAGGAAACUCAACGAAGAGGAUCUGGAGGGUUUGCCGGCUCUGAUCAGUGCUCUCACAGAGGUGAUACGUGCCGUCGGCGGCCAAGCGUUUGUCAAGACAGCAGAGAAGUCGGCGAAGAACGACGUGCCGCUUCGACCGCACGCCACCGCGCAGAGCGCGCUGACGGAGCUCACCUCGAGCGAGGAUGUGCUGCGGCAGUCGCUCAGCGGCGGAGCGGCUGGUCGCGCGCGCUACCUCGUCGUCCAGCCGUGGGAGCACGGCAUCAGCGCGCACAACGAGUGGCGCCUGAUCGUAUGCGGCGGGCGUGUGGCCGGCAUCUCGCAGCAAACUUGGCGACGCGCUGCUGGCCACACGGAGGCAUCGGCGCGCGCCGCCGUGCCAUCACUGAUCCGCCUUUGGCAGGAGCUCGCGCCCCUCUCGCCGUACGCGGACUGCGUCGUCGAUGCGCACGUGGACAGCUCAAGCGGCCGCGCAAAGCUGAUUGAGGUGAAUGCGUGCGGGUGGUGGGGGCCCAGCGGCAGCGCUCUCUUCCACUACGAACGCGACCAUGAGCUACUGCGCGAUCCGGACAGGCUGCCGGUGCGCGUCGUUGUGGAGACGGCGGAUGAGCAUACGGUACCUCUCCCGACUGGUACUGACGUCGGCGGUACAUAG